AUGGAUAGAAGGACAUUUCCCAAUCAUGGCAAAAUAUUUGGUAUUGAAUGCCUCAUUGAUCUAUAUAAAGAAGAGCUUGUCUGCAAAAACCACAACAAAGAAAGUUUCCAAUUUCCAUAUUGUUCUUUCUGUUUCCUUAUCACCACCAUCACUAGAAAGAAGGUGAAACUUGCCUUCAUAGUAAAUGACUCAGCAAGGAAGGCAACAUUCAAGAAAAGGAAGAAGGGUCUAAUGAAGAAGGUUAGUGAACUUAGCACCCUUUGUGGGAUUGAUGCAUGUGCUAUAAUUUAUAGCCCCUAUGAUCCUCAACCAGAGGUUUGGCCAUCCCCAUUGGGAGUUCAAAGGGUGCUUGCCAAGUUCAGAAGAAUGCCUGAAUUGGAGCAAAGCAAGAAGAUGGUGAACCAAGAGAGUUUUAUGAGGCAGAGGAUCCUAAAGGCCAAAGAGCAGCUGAAGAAACAAAGGAAGGACAAUAGGGAAAAGGAGAUGACUCAACUCAUGUUUCAGUACCUUAGUGCAGGUAAAAUUCUUCACAAUAUAAGCAUGGUUGAUUUGAAUGAUUUGGCAUGGUUGAUUGACCAGAACUUGAAGGACAUCAAUAGAAGGAUUGAAACAUUGAACAAGAAUGCUCAGAGCCAACCCCAAAUGGCAACACCAGUGGUGACUGAUGGAGUAGCCAAGAUUGAAGAGAAGGCACAAGGGAGUGGUCAUGGCCAGGGAUUGGAUAUGAACAUGGAUGUCAUGCAAAAGCAGAAUUGGUUUGUGAAUUUGAUGAAUAAUGGUGGUGGUGGGGAAGAGGCACUGCCUUUUGGAGAUGUUAAUAACCAAAAUGGCUAUUGGCCAAAUCCCUUUUUCCAUUGA